UUUAGUAACCGUAGAAAAUUACAUAUGUGGCCUUGGUCUGGAUCUGGGGUGCCCGGCUGUCAGUGUUGUUGUGGAGUGAAGAAGAGGAAGAGGAAGAUCCUGCUGCUCGUGCCCCGCGUGAGGAGGUGCGCCGCGGUGCUCCAAGUCUUCCUGGCGGUCUGCGUCAUACUGAAGUGAGGCACAGCACAACGCAGCACAGCCCGGCAGGAUGUACGGCAGCAGCACACAGUUCCGCAGUUGGACCUUCAAGGACGAGCACGAGCUGACCCGGCUCCGCAUCCAGGCCAAUGCAGACUUCAUUGAAAAGUUUGGGGCGGACAUGACACCUGAGGAGCGAGCACAGUUCUUCCUGACUGCAGAGGAGGAGCACCUGAUGGUCAGGUCGUACGAACACUCCCUGCGAGACUUCUGCAAAAAGUUCCGUGACCCUCGCGACUCCAGGAUCCGCAUGCUGCCCUCCGCCACCACCACCGCCCAGCACUACUUCAAGAGGUUCUACAUAUACAACUCGGUCAUGGACUACCACCCUAAGGAAAUAUUAGUGACGUGUGUGUACCUGGCGUGCAAGAUUGAGGAGUUCUACGUGACCAUCAACGACUUCGUCCACAACGUGCGUGGCGACAAGAAGAAGGCGACCGAGAUCAUCCUCAACAACGAGCUGCAGCUGACCCAGGAGCUUCAGUUCCACCUCAUCAUCCACCAGCCAUUCCGCCCCGUCGAGGGACUGCUCAUAGACAUCAAGACACGGUUCCCUCAGCUCCACGACCCCGAGAGGCUGCGGCCCUCCAUCGACGAGUUCCUGGAGAAAGUGAACCUGACUGAUGCCAUUCUGCUCUACGCUCCCGGCCAGAUCGCCCUGGCUGCUGUGACCACCGCCGUCAGCAGACUCGGCGAGAACCUGGACCACUACGUUACAGACAUCCUCUUCCCCCAGGAGCAGAAGCAACACCUUGCAGUGCUGAUCGAGGCCGUCAGAAAAAUCAAGAAGAUGGUUAAGAACACCGAGUCGCCUCUGUCCGAUGUGGCUCGCAAGGAGAUCGAGGCCAAGCUUGAGCGCUGCCGCAACCAACAGAACAACCCAAACUCCUCCCAAUACCGCGCCAACUACUCCGAGUGGGACGACGAGGACCUGCCCAUCGCCUCCUCGCCCUUCAGUGGAGACGUGUCCAUGGGUGUGGAGAGGAUACGGUCUCCGUCGGCUUACUGAGGAUGGAAGGCAAGCAGUAAUGGAGGGUUGGGACAGGGAGCUGCAGAUCCCUUGCUCAAAAGUGCUCCCCUGGUCAUGUCCUGAGGGUGUCGGAGUUGUCUGGUGAUACCUGCGCACCAUUCCAGUCUGUUAAAUUUGUACUCAAAUUAAUAUACGUGAAUUCAUAAAAAUGUUUAUCAUCCACACUUUACCACCAACUAAAUGAAUACUGUGGCACCACUUUGGUGCAGCCACCUGUGUUGUUCCAGAGUGAGGUGCCACAGCACACAUUGUCCUACCAGUGGCACCAAAAUUAAAAGACAGUGAAGCACCCUUUAUGAGUAAAAUAGUACAAAAGCAGCGAGCCUUGACACAUUUUUUUAUUUUCCUAGCAGUAUUAUGAGCUCCCUUGCUGCCUCUUAACUGCCUUUGCACAAAGGUUUUGUGGCAGAAGUUCUGUGAUCCCAAUGUAACACUGUAACACUGUUGUUCUGUGACUGGUUGGCUUUUUCUCAAACUUAGUAGCACAUGGGUCCACACUAUUAUGUAACACCGUAACACUGUUGUUCUGUGACUGGUUGGCUUAUUCUCACACUCAGUAGCAUGUGGGUCCACACCACACUAUCCUUGGCCAAAGGCUGGCUGGCCAUGGUGGAAGCAACAUUUACACAAAGAAUAUUACAGCAAGCAAAACAAACAUGAUUAAUGAGUCAUGCCUCAAGCAUUGUUUAUCAUCCUUUUUGUACUGCUCUUUGAGUGCACUGUGCAUCACCAUAGCAAGCAAGUGUUGAGCAUGGGAUGGGGUCAACCCAUGUGAGGUUAAGUGUGAGAAGUCAAUCAGCUGUGAGACAACAGUGCAGCUGUGUUGUGGCCGGGGGCACAAAACCUUCACCAAAAAACCUUUGAGGCGCUGAGAGGGAGCAAGUUGUGCACCACACAUGCUGAUGCUGACAACAUUAUGAAAAGCACCAAGGCUGAUUGAAUUUUGUAUUGCUUUACCAGUAAAAUGUUUAAUUUACUUUAAAUUCUUUGUUAUUAUGUUUCAAGGAGCUAAAGGAACAUAGCUGCUGCUGUGCAACAUACCUCACACCAAUAUUGUACAAUUUUUCAGCAACCUUUCCAUAAACCUGACUGCACACAACCUGAACAGACUGCAAGACUCACCAGGCAAGGAACUGACCUGAAGACUGAGCCGAGGCGUCAAAGUGAACCAUGUUGUCACCGUGACAGGCUGAUAACCAUUCUAUAUUUCCACAAGAGUCCAUUUUUAUUCCUUUGCUCAGUCUUCUAGAGUAGUUUUUAUCCUGACGUGAGUACUAACUGGAAUGGUGCGUACAAACAAGACAGUCCCUCACGGAGAACAGUGAAACGUGUCAUAAGUAUUAUAUGUUGAAUAAAGUUUAUAUCAAA